GCGUCAGUUUCAAAGUUGGCGCCGACCACCGUGGCUAUUGGCCAACGGAAGUUCAGAAUGACCGGUGGCGGGAUGUCCUUCAACUGGAAUGGAUAUCGCAUUGGUUUGUACUAUCGGAUGUGUAUCGGAAGACAUCGAACAUGGAAUCUGUCAAAGGUGGCCCUUUGUGUCUAGAGAUUGACCGAUUUUCAAGCCAUCCUCACAUGGGCACGCAACGUGUAUUGGUGAUUCUUAACGCGUUAUGAUAUAAGGUAGUAUAUAAUGGCUUUAGGACUGCAUGAAAUACACGUCCACUCUCGCCCGGCUCUGCAGAUUUACCAUCAUGUCUUCUGACGACGAUACCAUUGUUCAUGAUGAUAUUCCGUGCCCAAGCUAUGACCAACUUCUGCAGGCCGCGGACAAGCUUGAAGCUGCGGAAGCCCUUGCUUUGCGCUACCGCCAAUACGCAUCUACACGUGAACGGCAGUGGUUUUAUGAGAGCAAGGACGCCGCCUAUCAAGCUGUGAAGGAUGCGUGUGCUACGGGAAAAACUGCAGAAGCUCAUGCGACAGCAGAUGAUCUCAAUAACCCUAACAACGCAGCCUUUGCUUAUAAGACAUUGCGCCUCUUCACUCGCUUUGCCCUUCUCAGCAUUCAGAAUUUCAAUGCCAGGCAGGAAUAUAUCACGUCCAUUGCUAAAUACGCAGGCAAAUAUGCAGGAGCCUUGGCUGCAGACGGAAAACUCGCUGCAGAACGUGCUGUCGCAUUGAGGAAUUCCGUGCGCAAGGCCUUUAUGUCUAAGACGUCGUCUUCCAAUCGUUGGUUCGCCAAUGUUCUAAAGUCUCACGGGCAUAACUUUACUGGUAUCAUGGAAGACUGUCUUCAACGUCUUUACCCUGGACGUACGAUGAAGCAGUUGUCAGAAGCCGAAAGAGCCAACGUGUUCGCUAGCAUAGUUAACAACUCGGGACGCAGCAAUUUCACCCACGACCUGAUCUUCAAGGCAGAGGGUGCUAUCGGGUGGGCGGUUAUUAUCGCCACACUUGGUCUCCUAGUCUAUGAUAUUAUCCAAGCUGAAACGGACUUCAAAACUAAAGUCAAGGAGUUGAUUGCAGAUGGUGCAGAACUUGGGGCUGUAUGGUACGGUGCAGCAGCAGCUGAGGCAUACGCUAUUGCAACCUUCGGCGAGGCUGCUACCUUUACAGUCAUGUUGUUUGGCCUCGUCGGAGGCAUCAUUGCAGGUGUGGGAGCUAUGGUUCUCGUCACUGGCUUGACGGCUCUCUUUGAGAAGAUGUUUACCACUACGUCCCACCAACUCUGGCAGGAGUAUCUUAAGACGCCGUUAGUGUAUAAGGUCGAAUUGCCUCGCGUUGUCUUGGAUAUCUGAUAUGACACCUGCUUCUCCUCCUCCAAGUUACUUACAGUCAGCUGAGAUCAAUUCGGAUGAAGUGAAUUCUUUGAUACCACGUCCACAUUGUUAUUUCUGACCAGAACGACUUAUGAACACACAUAUUAAGCAUGAACUAUAAUUCCCUACAUAACAUUAGCGAGAGCCAUCAUGAGCCCCUUACGAAAACUCAUUCAAGACGUGUUUGAUUGCGCCGGUUGAUUUGAAUAUAACAAAGGCUGAAGGUUCGCACCUGGAUAGGUAGAAGGGUCUUCGGGAUUCUAUUAGAGAAAAGCACAUUAUGACAACCUUAAAUCAGAAAUGAGAAUGACAGGUUAUUAGAAGGC